AUGAAUUGGGCAUUUCUGCAAGGCCUUCUGAGUGGCGUGAACAAGUACUCCACAGCAUUGGGUCGUAUCUGGUUGUCAGUGGUGUUCAUCUUCCGAGUGCUGGUGUACGUGGUGGCUGCUGAAGAUGUGUGGGCUGAUGAGCAGAGUAACUUCGUCUGUGACACCAGGCAGCCAGGCUGUCUCAAUAGCUGCUAUGAUGCGACCUUCCCCGUGUCCCACGUGCGCCUGUGGGCCCUGCAGCUCAUACUGGUCACCUGCCCCUCACUGCUGGUGGUCAUGCAUGUGGCCUAUCGAGAGGAGCGAGAGAGGCGCCACCGCCUGAAGCAUGGACCGAACGCCCCCUCCCUGUAUGAAAAUGCAGGCAAGAAGCGAGGAGGCCUCUGGUGGACAUACUUGCUGAGUCUUAUCUUCAAGGCCACCAUCGAUCUCAGCUUCCUCUACAUCUUCUAUCGCAUUUACAAGAAUUUUGACAUGCCCCAUGUUGUGGCCUGCUCUGUGAAUCCCUGCCCCCACACUGUGAACUGCUUCAUUGCCCGACCCACAGAGAAGAAAAUCUUCACCUACUUCAUGGGGAGCACAACUGUCCUCUGUAUUCUGCUUAACUUAUGUGAAGUCAUCUAUAUGGUGUUCAAGAGGUGUAUUGAGAAUCUGUGCUUUAGUGAAGAAAACUCCAAAGCCAUGAUCAACAACUUGACACUUGACCCAAGCUCACAAUUUGACACAUGCCCACCAUAUGUGUUCUCCCAAGAAGGAGUUCUACUAGUUGAGAACUCCGGCCAAAUUAAGUCCGGGUUAAAUACAACAGAUAUAGGAGAGUAUCCAUAUAGGAUGCAGACAAGAAUAUAG